GACAGGAAAGCCAAGUUUAGAAGCAAAUUUUCAUCAGCUCAGUUUCGAAAGUGGAAAGGAUUUUUCUUGCUCGGUGUUUAGAUUAGUGUUGUAUAGCUGCACCGUGUUAAGCUCGUCGAAAUCAUGAUUCACAAUCGGCGGAUGUCCUAGUUAAUGCUGGUUCGUUUGUUGUGCAGUGUGUUUUACGAAACAGUAAACAAAGGAUUUCCUGCGCUAGCCAAUGCCUACUGGUGGCAGUCCAGAUCAGCAGCAUCUUGCCUGAAUAAAGCCAGCUCCACAGUGUCAACUAACUGGAGCAAUAUCUAUCCCAUAUAAGGGUAUACGCACGCGAGGCUGAAGGACAACGACACAGCACAGCAAAAUGCCUCCGUAUCGCUAUCCCACAAACAACUUUACGUACGUCAGUUCCUGCGUAAAGUACAUGAUAUUUCUGCUCAACUUCAUAUUCUGGCUAUUUGGUGGAUUGCUGAUCGGUAUCGGAUUUUACGCGUUCGUUGACAAAUGGCAGGCGACGGGAUUGAUAAAGUUGGAAACGUUCUACGACAUCGUACUGAACCUGUCGCUGGUAAUGAUCAUCGCAGGAGGCAUCGUGUUUGUGGUUAGUCUUGCUGGUUGUCUCGGUGCGCUACGCGAAAACACCUGCCUACUGAAGUUCUACUCGCUCUGUCUGCUGAUCUUUUUCCUUUGCGAAAUGGCCAUUGCCAUUUCGGCGUUCGUGUUUCCGCAUAAGGUAAACGCGGUGCUAGAGGAAUCGUUUACGGACAAAAUCAUCACCACCUAUCGGGACGAUCCAGACCUGCAGAAUCUCAUCGACUUUGCUCAGCAAGAGUUCCAUUGCUGUGGGCUUAGCAACGAAGGCUACCUGGACUGGGGCAAGAACGAGUACUUCAACUGCUCAUCACCGAGCGUGGAAAAGUGCGGCGUACCGUACAGCUGCUGCAUCAACGCGACGGACAUUUCCUCCGGACUGGUCAACAUCAUGUGCGGCUACCACAUCCAGCAACAGUCGGUGGCCGCGGCUAGUAAAAAGAUCUGGACCAAUGGUUGCAUCGAAAUAGUGCGCGUUUGGGCCGAGCGGAACCUUUACGUGAUUGCGGGCAUAGCGCUCGGGGCCGCCAUCAGCCAGCUGUUCAUCAUCUAUCUGGCCAAAACGCUCGAAGGACAGAUAGACCUGCAGAAAAGUAGCUGGUCAUAGUGAAUUUACGUAGGGUGGGGAGGUGGUGGUCGACCAGUAUGAUCAGCGCGAACGCAGCAACAACGGGCGGGAAGGCCAGAAAAUCAGAAAACAGAACAAAAAUUGCGAAGCACAAUAGCGUGUUUUGUCGUACAGAUCUGCGCGCUUUGAUCGAGACAGCACACAUACACACAUACACACAUUAUUUCCUCAUUCAUCGUUCGCAGCAUUCCAGCAUAAACCGCAGAGCGGUGGUAGCAAUGUGCCACCACCGCACUCUGCAUUGCGCUAAAGAUGUGUCCGCUUUCCAUUUCCUCCUACCCUACCUGGACUGACGCACCCACAAGCUCGAGAGAUCGCCUGUGGUUCAUAGUUUGCGCAAAACUCAGCGCUUUGGUUAAGCAAUUAACUUGACACAUAAAGACAAGAGCGGUGAACUUCAGUGUUGUGUGAAGAAACAUAUUAGCUAAUUCAUUUUUUUUAACAACCGAUGCUCUUUUGUUUGUGAAAUUUAUAGAAGAAUCGAUUCCAACUUUAAUCAGUAGACGACUACAAUCACUUCCUUUCUUUUAAGUUAAGCAUCUGAUUCGUGCUCGCGGUUUCUGAGUGUUCAUAUCAUUUCAACCCCAUCCGCAUCACUCACUAGUUUCUAAAUGUUCAUUUUACCGGCGAAUAGGAUGUAGUGUUGUAGCGGUGCAAGAGAU